UGCUCUUCAAAUAUAUCUACAUUUCACCAUACUGAUUUAUAUGAUUGAUGAAUCAGCAUCUCUAAUCGUGACACACUUUCUGUUGUCUUUGUGUCUACAGGUACGUCUUUGUUACAGUUGGAGGAUGUGUCCUGGCAGUCGCCACGAUGGGGAUCUACAGUGUUCUUCUGUUCGUCUCCACCUUUGUCUUUAUUCUGCUCAUUGGCCGUGUGGAUCCCAGCAACAUCCACAUCUGGGCGUUCGGUAUCCAGAUGCUCUGGCAGACCUUCUGGCACCUGCUUAUACAGUACCGUGAAUAUUACCUGCAUGAGCCUGUCAGCGUGAGGUUGUUUUUGGCGGUGUCCUCUUUGAUGCUGCUCACUCAGAGAAUCACCUCAGUGUCCAUGGACAUUCAGGACAAACAACUUAUGUUCACAUACAAUGCGUCGUCCAAAAAGACGAGUUGUGUCCUGCCUCUCCCUCUCGUCAGCUACUUCCUCAGUGUCACCACGCUGCUGGGUGGCCCGCUGGGCUCCUACAGACAGUUUGUGUCCCACAUGGAGGGAGUCGGCCUCCACCCCUCACCCAGUCCACUGGGUGUGGUAUUCCUCAAGUUGAUGCAGGUAUUAUUGUUGGAGUUGGUAAGGUUUUGUCUUGUCCACUUUCUAAAACAAAACAUCUAUGAUCCCAGUAGCUCUGCUUCUAUUCGUGGCGUCCUAUGGGUUUGGGCUCUCGCACUGGUUUUGAGGAUCCGGUAUUACUCUCACUGGAGGAUCAGUGAAUGCCUCAAUAAUGCAGCUGGGUUUGGAAAUUGCAAAAAUUCAUCCGGAGACUCCCAAGACUGGAGCGGCUUAUCUGAUGGCGAUUUCUGGACCACUGAGGUGUCGAGCCGCAUGUCACAGUUUGCACGUCGAUGGAACGCCACAACGGCUUUGUGGCUGCGCAGAAUGGUUUAUAUGAGAAGCAAACAUUUCCCUUUGUUCAUGACUUUCGGUUUUUCAAUGUGGUGGCAUGGUUUGCACGUAGGUCAAUUUGUGGGGUUUUUGACUUGGGCCUCAGCGGUGAAAGCAGACUACUAUAUACACAGGUUCUUACACCCAAAGCUUUCCUCAACAUGGAGGAGGCUGCUGUAUACGUGUCUAAGCUGGAUAAACACGCAAAUGAUCAUUACAUGUGUUGUUAUUGCUGUAGAAUUAAGAGAUAUGUCCGGCCUGAGACUUUUGUCAGCUUCAUUUGUGGGUUUGUUUCCUCUUUGUAACAUGAUUCUACUUGUUAUCUUAUUAAAACUCAACACAGUGAGGUAGACUACUAAAGCAGCCAUGUUAACAAACCCCCCUACCUACAUAUCUGUGCUAUAAGAGCUCUACUACAAUAUGAAAAGCUUGUUUGUUCAUUAAAAUCCAUGAAUAGAUUAUUUAUUAUGUUACUCUCAAUAUGGGGAUUCUGUUGUUGUCCAACUUCAUUGCAUUGUUGCAUUUCUGCUCUUUGUUGUCGUUUGUGCUGUUGAUACUUUGAACUUAUUACUGUGUUUGUUCUUGUUAAUUUUCUGUUUUCACUUGUCAUGUUGCGCUAUCUUCCCUGGGGAUAAGUGACAACAUUACAAUGAUAUAUAUACAUGUUUUUUCAGAAAUUAUUCCAGUAUUAAUAGACGAUAGUCACAGAGGUUUGUAGGUGGUGUGAGGAAACUGGUUAGUGAGCAAAUGAGGGGAAAGUACAGGGUGAACCGGAAGCAUCAAUGACUCUGAAGCAUAACACUGAUGACUGAACUGUGGAGGUUUUGGGGGAGCAAUAGCAAGAGGUGAAGAAAAUAUGUCCUACUCCAUAUGUUCUGCUGAAGAAUCUAUGUAAUAUGUGAAAUGCAUGAUGAAAUGAUUCGAUAACCAAUAAAAAAAGGUAA